AUGCGCACGUCAUCUUGGCUCUGCCAGGGGUUGCUGCACCGCACGCUACCCAACAGCCGCCGUUUUGUGCCACCGUGGGAGAAGGAUGGGAAGACAGCUGACGAGUUCUUCGGCGGCAUCUUGCAGAGCGCCAAUCCAAUUCAAAGGCAACGCAAGGAAGCGGAGCGCCAGCGACAAGUCGAAGAGGCCGCCACUGUUGAGUACGCCCUGCCUCCGGAGGUGCAACGGAGAUUAGAGGCGAUGGAAGCGCACAACGCGGCUGUCGCCGAGGAGCGUCGCCAUUUUCUACCUUAUGGUGCGACCCCACGCAAGUAUUUCGAGACCGCCGACAUGGCCGCCUGGGGUGAGUACAAGAUUGCCCUUGAGGCUUCGACAAACGCCAUUGCCUCAUUGCAGGGACCAUCGAACAGUAAUGACUCGUAUUCGCUGAGCGUCCAGCAUCAGUUGAUGAACGAAAUGGAGGACAAAAUUCCGUACAAGUACGACGCGUAUGUGAAACCGGCAACGUUGCGGUCUUCUUCAUCGACUCCCGAAACUCCGAAGUGGCCGUUGCACGGGUCUGUUGGCGUGGUGAUGGACAUUGACGGCGUUGUGUACCGUAGCCAUCGCCUCAUACCAGGCGCCGACACCGCUAUCCAGCGCCUCUCCACGUUGCGCAUUCCUUUUGUGUUCAUGACAAACGGCGGCGGUAAAAGCGAAGCCGGAAAGGCUGAGGAGCUCUCUGCAUUGCUGGGCUGUCAUAUCGCCGCGCGCCAGGUCCUGCUUUCCCAUAGCCCGAUGCGCCUGCUUGUGCCUGAGUACGGAGAGGAGCGCGUUCUUGUUGUUGGCUCCCCGAACUGUGCGAGUAUCGCACGCGAAUACGGCUUCCGACGGGCUAUCUCUGUCCAGCAGUACCAAUGUGAGCACCCAGAGAUGGUGCCGCUCAAGAAGUGGGGUGAUCUGAAGCGGGCGGCGCCGGGGACUGUACCGUUUCCCUCCAUCAGUGCCAUUCUGCAGAUGAGCGACCCAGAGGAUGCCUUCAACGACAUCCAGACCGUACUGGACGUUCUCCUUGCACCCGGUGGUCAGGUCGGCCUGUACGUCUCCGGCGCUCAGACAACACCAUACUUUGCAGCGGCUGACGACCUACUGUGGGCCACGGAGGCACCGCUGCCACGACUCGGUCAAGGUGCAUUUCGGGAGAUGCUGGCCUCUGUUUACGAGAGCAUUACUGGACAGGGCAUGCAGCUACAGCAAUAUGGGAAACCCCGCGCUAUCGCCUACGCGUUUGCUGAGCAGCGCCUGAAGGAAGUGUCCGCGUUGCUAGGGUGGGAUCCGAACCAGCUCCGCUCUAUCUUCAUGGUAGGCGACAACGUCGAGAGCGACAUCGUUGGUGCCAACGCCGCUGGUGGACUGUGGACGAGCGUCCAUGUGCUUUCCGGCAUCGGACGUGCGCCAGCCGCACGUCGCACGCUGAGCGUUGGCGAUUACGAGCUGGAGUGGAUUGAGUCGUGUAUCACCAAAACGCCCCACUACGUUGCACCUACGCUGGAUCACUUUGUACGGGAGCUUCUCGCCUUUCCCGAAAUGGCACUCUUGCAGAACAAGACACCGUACCACGGGAGGCCGAAUCCGGUCGACCUGAAAGGUGCAUACAACUUUCACGAGUAA